AUGGCUCAACAAUUAUCAAUUCAAAGAUUACUAAGAGAAUAUGACAAAUUGUAAAAGUUGAACAAUAAUUAAUUCAUAUGUGAACCAAAUCCUACAAAUAUUUUUGAAUGGCAUUUUGUCAUUUAUAAUCUGACUGAUUCCUUUGCAGGAGGAUAUUAUCAUGGAAUCUUAUAGAUGCCUCCAGAUUAUCCAUUAAAACCUCCAACAUUAAAAUUUAUUACUCCAUCAGGAAGAUUUGAAGUUGGAAAACCUGUAUGUUUGUAAAUUGUUUAUAUUAAUUAUAAGAUCAUUUACCAAUUUUCAUCCAGAAAGUUGGAGUUCUGCAUAAACAAUUGAAUCUAUGAUGAUCUCAAUUAUUUCAUUUAUGUAUACCAAUGAAAAUACAACUGGAGGAAUUAUAAGUAGUCAUUUAGAAAAAUAGAAAUAAGCUUUAAAUUCCAAAAAAUUUAAUUUAUAAAAUGAAUAAUUUACUAAGAUCUUUAAAAAGCACUUCGAUAAGUUAAAAUUGACUGAUAAUUAUUAAAACAAUUAGAUUAAAGAUAAUUGUAAUAAUGUAAGUGCUAAUAUUAUUGUGGAAGAAGAAAGUUCAAUAACAGCCAAAUAAUUUUUUAUCGGAGGUCCUAUUAUCUUAUUAUUGAUCUAUUUUUUAUUAUAAAGUAUAGUUGAAUGA